UUUCGAAGCAGACCCCUCCCAUUUGCAGCUAUAUAAUCAGUGGUUAGGGUUUUUCAUUGAAACCCUUGAACGGGGAGCCGUCGAUGCGAAGCAGAGCAGGUUGAAGGAGGAAGAGGAGGAUGUCUCACAGGAAGUUUGAGCACCCAAGGCACGGGUCCCUUGGUUUCCUCCCAAGGAAGCGAGCUUCUCGCCACCGUGGAAAGGUGAAGUCCUUCCCCAAGGAUGACCCAACAAAGCCUUGCAAGCUCACCGCAUUCCUUGGUUACAAGGCUGGAAUGACUCAUAUUGUCCGUGAGGUGGAGAAGCCUGGAUCAAAGCUUCACAAGAAGGAGACAUGUGAGGCUGUUACAAUUAUUGAAACUCCUCCCUUGGUUGUCGUUGGGGUGGUUGGCUACGUGAAGACUCCACGUGGUCUUCGGUCUCUCAACACUGUAUGGGCUCAGCAUUUGAGCGAGGAGGUCAGGAGGAGAUUCUACAAGAACUGGUACAGAUCCAAGAAGAAGGCCUUCACCAAAUAUUCAAAGAAGUAUGAAACUGAGGAUGGCAAGAAGGAGAUUCAGACUCAGCUUGAGAAGAUCAAGAAAUAUGCAAGUGUUGUCCGUGUGCUCGCCCACACUCAGAUCAGAAAGAUGAAGGGUUUGAAACAGAAGAAAGCCCAUCUCAUGGAGAUUCAAGUGAAUGGUGGAACUAUCGCGGAGAAAGUUGACUACGCUUACAGCUUCUUUGAGAAGCAAAUCCCAGUGGAUGCUGUUUUCCAAAAAGAUGAGAUGAUUGAUAUCAUUGGUGUGACCAAGGGUAAGGGUUACGAGGGUGUUGUCACUCGUUGGGGUGUCACCCGACUUCCUCGUAAGACUCACAGAGGUCUCCGCAAGGUUGCUUGUAUCGGUGCAUGGCAUCCUGCUAGGGUAUCUUUCACUGUUGCUCGUGCUGGUCAGAAUGGAUAUCACCACCGUACUGAGAUGAACAAGAAGGUCUACAAGCUUGGCAAGGCUGGAGAUGAGUCUCAUACUGCUGUGACUGAGUUUGAUAGGACUGAUAAGGAUAUUACUCCUAUGGGAGGGUUCCCUCACUAUGGUGUUGUGAAGGAUGACUAUAUUUUGAUCAAGGGUUGCUGUGUUGGGCCCAAAAAGAGAGUUGUCACUCUUCGCCAGUCCCUGUUGAAACAGACCUCUCGAUUGGCUCUUGAGGAAAUCAAGCUCAAGUUCAUCGACACUUCAUCCAAGUUUGGGCACGGUCGCUUCCAGACUACGGAGGAGAAGCAGAAGUUUUAUGGAAGGCUCAAGGCUUAGGCAGUGCAUUUGGAUCAGGAUGCUUCCAGAUAGAACCAGUUUUGUUGUUUGAGAUACUUGAAUCUGAGACUCCUUAGUUUCCUAGUCUUUGUUUGAUGCUAUUAAUCCCUUUUCUUGCUGGAUGUGGAUUAUGCUACCUUUGAGCUUGCUCAUGAAGAGUUUAUUUGGGAAAUUUGAACUAAUAGUUAUGUGGCUUCCUCAAA